GCUCGGCCGGCAGCGCGCAGUUGGCAGCGCCGCGCCCGCCACUGAGGGUCGCGGUCCAGACUGCGCGGAGGGGAACCCGCCCGGAGGGGCGCAGGUAUCACAGAUGGCAAAGAAAACUUGUUUUUUUCACUGGGUGCUGCAAGACUGCUGAUUUAGAGCUCUGGAGUGUGGAUGAUUACUGCACCCCAGGGAAGUAAUGAUGGUGCUGUUUCUAAGUGUUGAGAAAAGUCUAAAUGAGCUGAUUGCUUAAGAGGGAGCAGUAGAAACAGAAGUAUAACCUGCAGGAAAGCAGUCUUUUUCAGAAGUGAGAGGAUCCAUAGGGGCAUGGAGCCUUUCAGGAAGGUUUUCAAGAAGAAGAGCUAAUAAAGUGCUCUGAAGUUGAUACAAGCUUCUCUGAGGAAAAGAGCGGGGCCUGGAGGAUCUGUGAUAGGGAGCAACUGUUUUCAGACACUUGCAUUAAACCUCAGCCGUGCUUUUCUGCCAGCUGCUACAGAGCAGAGUAUUAGCAGACAUGUCCAUAGCACUCAAGCAAGUCUUUAAUAAAGAUAAGACUUUUCGCCCAAAACGCAAGUUUGAACCGGGAACCCAGAGGUUUGAACUUCACAAACGAGCACAGGCCUCUCUGAACUCGGGCGUGGACUUGAAAGCUGCUGUGCAGUUGCCUAGUGGAGAAGACCAAAAUGAUUGGGUGGCUGUCCAUGUUGUUGACUUCUUCAAUAGGAUCAACCUCAUUUAUGGAACUAUCUGUGAGUUCUGCACGGAGAGGACCUGCCCAGUGAUGUCUGGAGGUCCUAAAUAUGAGUAUCGGUGGCAGGAUGACAUGAAGUACAAAAAGCCUACAGCGUUGCCAGCACCCCAGUAUAUGAAUCUUCUCAUGGACUGGAUCGAGGUGCAAAUCAACAAUGAGGACAUAUUUCCUACAAGUGUAGGUGUUCCCUUUCCAAAGAACUUCCUUCAGAUCUGCAAGAAGAUACUCUGCCGGCUUUUUCGGGUGUUUGUUCACGUCUACAUCCAUCACUUUGACCGAAUCAUCCUUAUGGGGGCUGAGGCCCACGUCAAUACCUGUUACAAGCAUUUUUAUUACUUUGUGACAGAACUUAACCUCAUAGACCGCAAAGAACUAGAGCCUUUGAAAGAGAUGACAACCAGGAUGUGUCACUAAAAAACUACCCACUGAAGAAAAGCAAAGUCCAAUUUGCUUCUUACAGCAGAGUUCAAGAACGUGACAGCCCUCAUGGACUGAGCCUGCUUGUUAACCCAUGAAAGCAGGGAAGCUGGGAACCACAGUUACUUUCACAAAUGCUUCCCACCACUGUCAGUGUUCUUAACCCUCUAUAUGCUGCUAGGAACCUCAUCUGAAUGACACAGUUUAUUGAGAAAAAGAAGAAUCAGCUUCAUGUUCUUACUAGCUCCUCCAUUAGGGAUAAGGACUUCUUCAGCCACAACAAUGACAGACUGUGCUCCUGCUGCUAAAGCUUUACUGAAAUUCAGGUCCCCUGGCUAACCUCCAGAUUAGGGGUUUCUUUUAAUGAAACUGUGUUGUGAGCUGCAUUGUUGUUUUCCUUUUCUUUUGUUUCUUGAUAUGUGUUUUGUUUCCCGAGUGUGGCAGAAUACUAAGAUAGCCUGGAAUCACAGAAGACUUUUAGCCUUUAAUGCCCCCCACCCCCUCACCAGGCCACCUAAGGCUUGUCCACUGUUCCCAAAUGCCAGUGGGCCUUGUCUUUACAGGAACACAGCCAUGUCCUUCAGGUGAUCAGGCAGUUUGUGCUUCAUUGUGACUCAUAAUUGGGUGACAAUGGGACAGUUUCUGAUCACAAUUACAUACUAGAUAUAGCUCUGUGUGGAAGUCUUUUCUCUGAAUUCAUACUUUGACUGACAGUAAAUCUGCUUGGUAUUUCUACGUUACAUAAACAAGAACCUAUAGCCAGAAUUUUCCUGGAGUAUGGUAUGAAGUGCACCAAUCUGUUGUGUAAUUUGAUAGUCUCCUGUCCUCUUAUCACCUUAAGAUGUCAUCUUUUCAGGAAACAAGAGAUUUAGUUCUAGUAUCUGGGAGGGAGAUACAGUAAAAAUAAGUAGUAUAAAGGUUAGAGCAGGAGGGACUAAGUGAACGUCUGUUGCAUCUAAACAAGUGUCUGGUAGCGUGGCUUACUUUCCACACUGAACUACACAAUUUUUUUUCCCAGUAGUCAGUCCAACUUGAAAUGCAUGGACAGCCUUGAAGGAUCCAUUGCAUUAAACUAAGUCUUCAGUGCCAAAUAUGCCCUGAUAAGAGACUUUCUUCUACAAAAAAACAUUAAAGCAAUACUUAACAGAGAGUUCACAAGAGACAUAUAGCCGAAUAAAUGGGAAUCAAGUGGAACACACCUAUAUAUUCUGUGCCUUCUAAUCAAUUUUGCACAUUUAUGAUAUUGUGAAAGAUUGCUCCUUCCUGAGUAAGUGCUGAACCCUGCUGCUGCCUUCUCCUCAAGUGCAUUGGGUAUGUUUCUGUCUUCUGAGACAGUGUCAGAAGCAAAUCUCACAGAGUAUCCAGUGACUGGAACAUUUAAAACAGAAGGGUAGCAGACACUAAAGAAUGAUAGCAAACCUUUUGUAGCUCAUAUUGUGGUACAUUGAUUUGCUUGCCUGCUUGCUUAAAAUAGGGUUUGUCAAUGUUAGUGAUCAUGUCCUUGCUGGGUCAAAGGGGUUUUGUCUGUGAACAUUCAUUGUAGCUAGGGUGCAGGCUUUUCUGGGUCUUUAGAAUUAUGCAAGCAGCAUUAUCCUAUGCUUUCAAGGGGAUGGACUGAACUGUUCCUACCUCCUUUGGUAGUCUUUGAAUCAGGUUCAUUCUUUGGGGAUUGAAAUGCACACACAGAUAAUUCCUGUCCUGCUGGCACUUUUGUAGGAUAUAACUAGCUUGUGGAAUUUAUUGCAACAGCUACUGAUAAGCUUAUUUGCCUCAUUUUAAAGAAGAUGAGAACUGUUGUAUCUUUGGAAGAAGGUACAUGGUAUAAAUGGAUGACAACUGUCUGGAAUUACAACAUCAGUUGUAUACAAAUUUUCUUGUACUCAUCCAUAUUGCCCCGGCUGUUACACUGUUAGAAAUGGAGCUGUAGCCCAUAGGAUACUCUUGAAUUUCACUGUGGUCAGUUGCCAUCUAAUGUCCUAAUGGGUUGGCAGGACCACAGUACAAUAUGUUAAAGAUUUACAUGAAGAUUCAAAUCAAAGUCAUUACAGAAAUUUAAAAAUAUGAUAUUUUAUACAUGAAAUAAUUUAUUCUUCAUUUUAUUACACUACUUACCAUGUACUGUUUAGAUCUAUUCACUGUAGCUCAGCCUGAAGGUAAAGCAGAAUUUGUUCCCAGUUACUUUGAAUUAUUUUUUAAUAAACUUUCUGUGUAGGCAUUACUUUUGUGAAUGCAAAACUUACAUGUUGGAGUAUUUUCCUUUUUCUAAAACUGUUUUUCAUGAACUCUUGUGUUUCCUUUUCUAGUACAGCACACUGUAUGAGGAAAAGGAGGGAAAUGCAGAGCUACACCUUAGAGGAUUUGUAUUUGACCUGACCAAAAUUCCUGUAAUGGGGAAAAGCACAUUGCAAUCCAGGAGCUGAACCAGUCACAGGGGACUGCAAAAUGUACUUGGUUUUGUUGCUUAAUCUGCUGGGAAGAACAUGAAGUUUGCUCGGUGGUGAAAUAAACUUCCUCCAAGUGGCAUGGUUUUGCCUUUGGCUGAACGUCUUUCAACAAGUACCCUUUCUUCCACUGCAGCCACAGCCUGGCCAUCUCAUGCCACUGGCCGUUUCUCCUUUUCCUGUGUCUGGUGUCUGAUAUUCCAAUAAGAAUAGUGUCUCAGUAGUUUCUUCAGGGCCACAUCUGGACAGAAUUGUGCUUUGGUUGUUAAUUGCACAUUUAUGUGCAGAUUUAUGUGAUUCCUUGGGACAUGUAAUGAGAAUGGAGUUUAAACAUGAAUGUAUGCAGAGGCACCCAUUUUACCUAAGAAAAACUUUCUACCUGAUCUUAAUUAUGUAUGUUUGUAAUCAUUCCAGCAUUCCACAUGUAUUGGGGACUUUGGGGAGAAAUAUGGGAUUGUUCUUUGUGUUUGUUGGGUUUAGGGUUUUUUUUUUAGUCACCUUUGUAGUCUCAAUGAGGUCCUGUUUUUUUUUGCCUGAAAAACAGUUUGGUUUAGUCUGGUACUUAAGAGAUGCUGUUGGUGUUAAGCUUCAAGGCACUGUAAGAGGGAUGACUACAGCUGGCUGAGACUACAGGGAGCUCUACUUCAAAGUGUGAAAGGUUCCUGUGAUUCCAAAAUUGCCUUCAGUGGUUAAAAACUUACUAUCUUGUGUUGAUUGUGUCUGUCAUAGAGGAUUUUGGAAUGAACUUCUUGUUUGUGUGAACAUAGUGUAGUGUCACCAUAGUGACAAAUGUUAUAUGAAACAAAUCUUAAUGUAACCUCCCUUAGGUUAUAUGAAAGGUGGAGGGUUUUUUUUCCUCAUAACACAGCAGUGAAAUCGAUGAUUUCCAUCAGAUUUGAGAGAAGUUAAAUACUUAUGAAAACUUCAGAUUUUUCAAGAAACUCAACCUCUAAGCAGCAAAACUUUUACUAGGCAAGAUGUCCAAUUCUCCUGACCAAUGGAUUCAUCAAGAAUGAGGCUGGGAGAGAUGAGGAAACAUUUAACAUGUAGCUCUAUAGAGACCUACAGACAACUUACUCAAGAAAUGCAGAAACCUAAGGGGUAAGCGUUGUCCUAGUGAUUAUAUGCAAGAAAAUUCCUGAGGCUUUGCGGAAAGAACACAGAGAAUGGUACUUUAGGUUGAAUGAAUUGCACAUUUGGAGCUGUCUCCAAAAAAAACCUCAUUCUUUCCAUUUGCUUUUUACCUUUUCUGCCUGAUCUUCAAGUUUCACACAUUUUCUGGGAGAGCAAUCUGGGAAGAGGAUGCCUGACUUUCAGUCUUCUCUUUGCUUCCCCAAAGACUCACCUCACUCUGUGCCUCCAGAAAGGUUACCUCUCACCUGCACCCUCCAAGGAGAGACCAACAAGGGUUGGGUUUGCACUUAUCUCUCAGAAGAGCAGAAGCAGAAAACAAGAGGUACCUGCAAGCAAUGCAAAACAGGAUGCACUACGUAUAAAAUAGGAACAUGCUUGCUGUUGUAUAACAUGCAUUAAGUGCUUUAGAAAGGGGAUAACACUGGUAGACCCAGUAUAGACAAGUAGUCGAUGUUUAGACAUUUUUUCCUAUCUGUUGGAAGAAAUUAAAGAUAUUUUUAAUAAAUAUGGAGACUGUUCCAAGGGCAAAGCAAUCCAAAUCAGUAAUAAGAGCCAGGUAGUGGUAUUGAUUGAAAUCUAAAGUGAUCAAAUUUCAUUUUCAUGUAUUUCAUGCUAAAUAGAAAGGUGAUGUUUUUCAACAUUUAACCAAAUAAUUUUGAGCUAUUAAGGUAUUCAUUUCAUUUCUGUUUUAAUAAAUGUUCCUGUUUUAAAGACAGAUAUAAUAUAAUUAAGAGUUGUAACAAUAUACUUCUGGAGGAAAAAAAUAAAUUCGUUGUCCAGUCUAAUACCUGCGUUUGUGUAUAUGUAUGUGUGCACAUAUGUAUAUAUGCGUGUGUGCGUUUGAGUGGGGAUGUAGAAGUAUCAAUGCGUUCAUAUGCACACUGCGUGCUCUUCCCUACAGAACACAUUUUGUCAUUUUGGUAAUUAUUAAGGGGAAGUUAUCUUUCUAAGAAAUAAGUGGUUGAUUCCUUUUCCUCCUCCAUGCAUCAAUGCUGUUUGGUAUGUUCAUUUUUUUUAAUGAUGUCAGAUGUGUCUUAGGCUUUUCUAGGUCUGUUUGUUAUUCAACUGUAUAGAAAGAGAGACCAACACUAAUUG